GGGCAGGGAGGGCGGGUGCAACGCGAGGCGAGCGCGCCAGCAGGGCCAGAGCCGGCCUGGGAGCCCGCGGAGCCGAGAGCAGCGAGCGGAGCCCCUGGGCGGCGGCGGCGGCGCACGCUAUGGCUCCUGCCGGGGACCGAGAGGGCUACUGGGGCCCCACGACCUCCACGCUGGACUGGUGCGAGGAGAACUACGCGGUGACCUGGUACAUCGCCGAGUUCUGGAAUACAGUGAGUAACCUGAUUAUGAUUAUACCUCCAAUUUUUGGUGCAAUUCAGAGUGUUAAAGGUGGACUGGAAAAGCGGUACAUUGCUUCCUAUUUAGCACUCACAGUGGUAGGAAUGGGAUCCUGGUGCUUCCACAUGACUCUGAAAUAUGAAAUGCAGCUGUUGGAUGAACUCCCAAUGAUUUACAGCUGCUGUAUAUUUGUAUACUGCAUGUUUGAGUGUUUCAAGAUGAAGAACUCUGUAAACUACCACCUGCUUUUUACCUUAGUUCUAUUCAGUUUAAUAGUAACCACAGUUUACCUUAAGGUAAAGGAGCCUGUAUUCCAUCAGGUCAUGUAUGGAAUGUUGGUCUUCACAUUAGUAGUUCGAUCUAUUUAUAUUGUUACAUGGGUUUAUCCAUGGCUUAGAGGACUGGGUUAUACAUCCUUGGGUGUAUUUUUAUUGGGAUUUUUAUUAUGGAACAUAGAUAACAUCUUUUGCGAUUCACUGAGGAACUUUCGGAAGAAGGUGCCACCUAUCAUAGGUGUCACUACACAGUUUCAUGCAUGGUGGCAUAUUUUAACUGGCCUUGGUUCUUAUCUUCACAUCCUCUUCAGUUUAUAUACAAGAACACUUUACCUGAGAUACAGGCCAAAGGUGAAGUUUCUCUUUGGAAUCUGGCCGGUGAUCCUGUUUGAGCCUCUCAGGAAGCACUGAUGAAUUAUUCCACCAAGAAGACAAAAUAGCAUGUUCCAUAGGCCUGGCCAAAUGAUUAAGGAAAUCUUUAGAGAUCUACACGUUCAAAUAUAUCAUGACCAUCACAGCAAAGGAGUGACUUUCUGACUAAUGCUGCCAGCCGUACAGAGAAUGAGGAAUGGGGCUUGUUGGACAUUUAGCUUGUGUCUUUAUCUCAUUUGUCUUCCUCCUCCUCACCCUCACCCUAAGAUGUUUAAAAAGAAAUAGACAUGAUGUGUAUGUAUAUACUCAAACGCUAGAAAUAUUGGGCUUUUCUUAACAGGUUAACAGUUUGUGCUGAUCAUAGGAAAUUAAUCCUUUUCUCUUUUUUGACAAGGCUUGCAUGUGAAUUAAACUUUUCUUAAUAUUUGAUUAAAUAAUGAAAACAGUCAGCUGAGGACUGGCAAAACCCCAUAUCCAAAUGGCCAGCUGUGAGUCAGUACUUAGCUGUUUCAGCCUUGAUUUAUGUUUUUGUCAUAGUAACCUCAUGGAUGGUUUCCCAAGGUAAAAAAAGGGCUACCUGUGGGAUUCUGGUAGUUCUUCAUUGUCUGCCUCUGUGCUGGUCAGAGUGUUAUAAGCAAGCUCAGACCUGCCACUGCGUUCUAUAUGUGGCCACAUUCCAGAUUUGCGGUUGGCUCUGGGGUGUCUGUCUGUGGUCAGAGCCUGGCAGGGUGGGUGGGUCAUCUUGUAACAUUUAUGAUGGCCACCAGGACGCCUGUAGAAUGUUCCACGUCCACCCAGUUAAUGAUGGUUGCUCUGUUUCCUUUAAUCUUUGCAGAUCUUUGUCUCUGUUUUUAUGGCUAGGCAAACAUGAUUGGUAGACUGACCUACCCAUAUUUCAUCCUCCUAGAAUAACUUAUUUGAUGUUAUAAAUGUCAUUAUACUCUGACUUUUAAAGUUAUGGCAUAUUUUCCAGUUUUCAGAGGCCAUGGUUAUGCCCAGGGAAAUGUGUUGGGUUAACUAGAGCUAAAAUGAUUAGGAUCCAUCCUACUUACAUAAAGCUUAUUAGAAUACCUGUUCCUUCA